AUGAAUAAUAAGAAUAGAGAUGCUCCAUCAUUUUUAUCAAAAUAUUUAAAUAAAGAGUCUAAUCGUAAGAGACCAUUUGAACUCUAAGUUAAAAGAGAAGAGAAAUAAGAUAUGUAUGGAGUGAUAAAAGAAGAUGCAAGAAAAACUAUUGAAUAAAAAUUGUAAAGUUAAGAGAAUAAAUAAGUCAAUAUGAUUUUACGAAAUUAUGAACCAUCGAAAUGUUCAUCUGGUAGAAAUGGUUUAAUAAAAGGAUAUGCUGUAAAUACAAAUUAAGGAUUGAUAAGAGAUUAUAAUGAAGAUAGAGUUUCAAUAAUUUUGAAUAUAGUGAAACCAUAGAAUAGAUAAGAGGAGAAUUGGCCAAAAUGUUCAUUUUUUGGAGUUUAUGAUGGACAUGGAGGUUCAAAUUGUGCUGAUUUUUUGAGGGACUAUUUACAUUAAUUUGUGAUAAAAGAAUGUGAAUUUCCAUGGAAUCCAGUAGCAGCAUUAAAAAAAGGAUUUGAAGCAGCUGAGAGUCAUUUUUUGGCUUAUGCAUUAGAUUAAUAUUAGAAGGGUAAACCUGAAAGAAGUGGAUCAUGUGCAAUAGUUUGUUUAAUCGUAGGAGAGAUAUGUUAUGUUGCAAAUGUAGGAGAUAGUAGAGGAGUACUUAGUUGUUAGGAAGGUAAGAUAGUAACAGAUUUAUCAAUGGAUCAUAAACCUGAGAUAGAAAAAUCAAGAAUAGAAAGAGGAGGUGGAAAAUUAUAUUAAACUCAUGGAUUGAAUGAAGAUGGAUAAGAUAUAGUUGGACCAAUAAGAGUUAUGCCUGGAAGAUUAUCAGUAUCACGUACUUUUGGAGAUAUUGAAGCUAAAUUAUAAUAAUUUGGAGGUAAUUCAAGAGUUGUUAUAUCAGAACCAGAAAUCAAAAUCUUUAAACUAAAUUAGGAUCAUGAUUUUAUAGUUAUGGGAUGUAACUAUAACCAAUUAAAAUUUAGGUGAUGGCAUUUUUGAUAAAAUGAGUUCAGAAGAUGUAGUAAAUAUUAUUUGGAAAAAUAUUUAAAAUAAUGACGAAUUAAAUUUACAUUCGCUUUUAAGUUAAUCUGUUGAUUCUGUAUUAAAAGAAGCAAUCUACAAAAAAAGUAGUGAUAAUAUUACUUUAUUAAUAAUUGCAUUUCAUAUUAAUAAGUGUAAAGAAGAACUCUAAGAAUUCAGAAAUACGAUUAGUCAUUCUGUUGAUAGAAUUGAUAAUCAUUUUCAGGUCAAUAAUAGACCAAGAUUAAGGUAAAGAUCGACACUAAUACAUUUAGUUAUCAAAAGAAAGAAGAUGAGAAUUUCUCAUUCUUCAAACUUAAAAAUUCGAAUACACAAAAUACUUGUAUACUUAAUAAUAAUAAAUUAAAUUUGUCAAUAAAUUUAUAGACUAGAUUAUUCAGUUAGUUACAAUCUAAAAAGAAUAUAUAAGGUGGUGUAACAAAUUAAACUAAAAAAUAUAGUUAUAUUCAUUGA